AUGUCUUCUCCACCUGGUUCGCCCACUGAAGCUGGCUUUGAAAGUCACGACACCAACCUUCCAACCGCAACAUCCUUCCUUGUUGAUGGCACCACGCAAGACACUUUACAAAAUGAUCGCGAUGAAACUUCUUCUACAAUUGAUGAUGACUCGAGCAAUCUUCCAACCACAACAUCUCCCGUCCUGAAUGGUACCACACCAGACACUUUACAGAAUGAUCGCAGUGACACAUCUUCCAUUCUUGAUGAUGACUCGAGCAAUCUUCCAACAACGACAAACCCCCUUCUCGACGAUGCUACCUCAGACACUACGUUGACCGAUCCUGAACAAAUAUCUCCCAUACUUAGUGAGGUCCAUGAUGACACCGUAAUUGUCUCCAGUGUUAAGGCCACUGGUGUACAAGGAGUCGACCUUCAAGACCUCGCUGCCGCUGCCAAUCUUCUUCGACAGUUAGAUUUCCCUACCACAACAUCUACUCGGAGAGUGCAACCAUGCAACACCCCUGAGACUGCCGCAGCUCUUCCGGACACUACUUCAGCAUGGACUGAGCAGACUUGGUCGUUUUCAAAUCUCCAGCCUCUGCAUCCGUCAAGAGCGCCAUACACACAGUUCCCUCGACAGCCUCGUCACCUGACCAACGGCUUCCAUGAUGAAGACCAUUCUGCCAUACCUACCACUCCUACUCCUCGCCAAGGCUCUCUUGCUCGGAUUCGCGUUCCUCAACCAACAACAAAUGGAGACAUUGAUGGAUAUGCGCCAAGAAACAACGUGCAAGCCUUACGGGAUCUUGAGAACGCAGCUCGCCUUCGUCGAGCAGCAACAACUACCAACAACAAUCUCCGCGAUCUCGACGUCGCUUUUCCUCAAGUUAACGGUAUCUUGCCGGAAACUGCUGCUCCUGCUGAGGCAGAUAUUGCCACACCACAUGUCUCUCGUCGUCACGCCAUCAACGGCCUCCCACAUACUCCUGCCCGUCCAGGCUCUCCUGAGGCAACUGCCUCACCUCAACCUCACUCAACACAUCGCCUUCGUCGAGUGGGCCGCUCUUCGUCGCUCCGCUCGCUCUCGCUCAGCCCAGAGCCAAUUCUUCCCUCUCCAGACCGCCAAAGAACUGGAACGCCCUCGCCACCAGCGUCAGACGCUGGCAUGGACCAAGAUGCCGCGGCCGAGGCCGCCACCGAUGCCGCCCUCGAGGCAUUCGUUGAGAGGCUUGCUGCCGUUGCUGCUGGUUUUGCUGCUGCACCAGAGCCAGAACCUCAACAAGUCGAUGAGGUCAUCGACGACUGGCGUGCCCCCGACGAUUAUAUGUCGGACGACGAGGACGAGGAGGAUGACCGAGAGGGCGGCGCCCCUCUCAACCUCGACGAAUUCCCCGUGGGGGAUGUUGUUGGUGCCCGGCUCCGUGCCGGUUUUCAAGCGUUGGCCGCCGCCCGCCAUCAGGUGGACCUCCUCGAUGGGGACGACGGCGACCUCCCUGCUCAAGGGAACCGGGGUGCUCCUGCGGCCGUCCGGGCCCGGAUGGAGCUUCUCCUCGUUGAGGAGAACUUCACCGGUGCAAUCCGGGGGCUUAUGGAGGACCUCGCGUUCGAGCGGGAGGUUGCUGGCGUGGCCCGUCGGGGCUUUGAGCAUUUUCAGGAGGAGGCACGCCGCCUCACAGGUCUCUUGGGCCGAGUCCGCGUCGAGGCCGGCGCCGCGAGCGAUGAGGCCUUCGCCUACGCGAGUCACAUUUUUGUGAUGCGUAUGGAGUUGGCCGUCGCCCGGCGUCGGCUGAGAGACGCGGGUCUCUAACCUCGAGACCUGUGUUGGUUGGUCGUGGGUGUCCGUCCGGUGGUUGUGGUGUGUUGGGGGCUGUGUGCGUGGUGGUUGUGCUGGGGUGGUCGGUUUUUUUGUCCGCGGUGUCGGCGGCGUCGGCGUGUGCUGGGGUGGCGGUGCCCGGUUGGGCGGUUUCUUUUUUUUGGUGUGUUGUGUGUGUUCUUGGUGCCGGUUGGUCGGCCUGCUCCCGGGCGGUGGUGGCCCAGGGGGGCAAUCUGUUUGGUGUAGAUAGAAAACUCCUUUUCAAAA